CAAACCACCACGAUGAGAGUGAUAGUUACAAGAUCUGCGAUGCUCCUGGUAGGGGUGAUGGGCACCUUUGCUGAGCAGGAACCAUACCCUCCUCCGUCCUCAAACAACCACCAUGACCCCGGCGCCCCCGCCUGCGCCUCCAGCACCGGCAAUACCUGGUGUGUUGAGGACCUUGAGUACCCCACCUACGAGAUUAAGCAAGACGUGGAAUAUCACUACCGAAAGGUCCUCGACCUCUACACCGAUGUGGCUGACCUCAACACUAAGCUCUCCGUGGAGGGUUCGAAUACGCUGCAGGAAUCAUAUCUCUGCCCUUCAAAGACUUCUUACGUCAAGCUACUGCGGGCCCAGAAUGCAAUGGGGAAGUGGCGGAUUAUCGUGAAUAACAUCGAUGUUCACUACGAGACUCUUACUCAGACCACUCGCAUCGAAGAGUGUCUGACGUCGGGCGAGUUUUGCCCUUUGGUGCCUGAGUGUUACGAGUCCAGGUGCCUGCAGAAGUCCAUCUACCAUCACUUCCUCGUCUACGACCCCUAUGAUCAGCACUUCCCCUUCGCGAUCGAGCCCUUCAAGCUGCCUGCCAGCUGCGCCUGUCUCCUGGGCGCAUAUUCCAUCGACUACUAAACCCAACAUUUCCAGAACUUCCAUAACAAACAACGUGGACAAAAUCCUGGAAAUCAUACUCUUUCAGCUAUUUAAGUUCAGAAGAGUCUUCCCUGAAAGCCCCAUAUGGCCGCAUGACGCCUGAUGCAACUGUAGCCACUGGCGCCACGAAACGGCAAGUUACGUGAAGAAAGCAGGUCUCCAGUAAUCAUGUUGUAAUGGUCAUACAUGUGUUAAUCUGCGGGCACUAUUAUGAAACAGUUUAAUGUUAACACUGAGUAUUAAACCCCUCAUUUUUA